AUGGCUUUAGGAGUUGCAACUCAAUGGUUACGCACCGCUUCAACCCUGUUGCGUGACAAAAUGACUAUUGAAUCUUUGAAAGAGACAAUCUCCGUCGCCAAGGGCAUCACGAUUAAUGCUCUGUUGCAGCUGGACCGCGGAAAGGUGAGAUCCGGCAUUUCGGAUGCAGUGAGACACGUGGUACGGUAUUCUAAAGAGAUGGCCGAUGCCACCAACCUGGACUCACUUUUUACUGCAUCGGAUGGUUCUUCGUACGGCCUUCGAGGCUCGAGCAAGCACACACCAUCGGCAAUACCUGCCUUCGGAGCCGUGAAAAUCGCAGCAGCACAAUUGGUACUCGCAAUGCCUGCCUUGGUGGCAGUCUCGGCCGAUGCCACUAACUUCUGA